AUGUCUUUCAAUCGGAUCGCGGUUUACGGCCAUCGGGGAUGGGCCAGCUCGGUGAUUGUUGCAGCCCUCAUUGACUCGGGAGCGCCUAUCAAGGUACUUUACCGGCCGGGGUCCGAUAUUUCUUCUCUGCCCGACUCGGUUGCCAAGAUUGCGGUCGACUUGGCCGAUCAGGAGAAAGUCAUUGCUGCUUUGCAGGAUGUGGAUAUUGUCAUAUCUCUUGUAGGGCACGAAGGUGUCACCCGCCAGCUUGGUCUGGUGAAUGCUAUCCCCAAGACGAAGGUUCGGCUCUUCGUCCCUUCAGAUCUCGCUGCGCGGUAUGACGAGCAGGGGUUGCGUAUUCCAGUGAACCACGCCAAGGACGAGGUUGAGAGAGCAGCGCGUGCUGCCGGUAUUCCGGUGACAGUGGUCCUCACCGGCAAUUUCGCUGAGGCUAUGGGAGUGGACCGUCACAACAACAGAAUUAUCUUCACCGGCGAAAGUGAACACAAGGCUCUUAAUCUCUGCACUCGACCUUAUGUUGCCGCCGCCUACGCCUCCAUAUUCGCCUCAACGCCCAUUGACCAAAUCAAGGACCGCACCAUAGCACUGUCCGAGAUCAGAGCAACGGGAAGCGAAAUCGUCAGCAUGUUAACAGAGCAGCAUGGCUCGAGGACACGCAGCAGACAUGAAUCUGCUGAGUCCAUCAACGAGUUGGUUGAGACCUCUGUCGCAACUGGGAGCAACUUUGCGCUGGCGUUCUACUGCCGCAAAAUCUGGGGAACAGGGCAACAGACUCAAAUGAUGGGAGAGGAUUUUUGGGAGGUGAAGGGGUACCAGAAGGCGUCGUUGCACGACCUCAUUGUGCGGGGCCGGCUGCAAGAAUAUCGUCAGCUGCCACCGGCGGUACUGGAAUUUUUCGAGUCGCACUUUGAACAGUGUGCUUAA